UAGGCCCCCGCGGCGGAGCACCGCCCCCGCCCUAAUCCCCGGAUCGGCCAGGAGCCAGCGGAUGACUCACUUGGCUGCGCGCCGGUAGUGCCUUUGAAAGGCGGUGGGAGACGGCGAGCGCGAUGGCGAGCUUGAGUCUUCUGCUGAGCGUGCUGGGCCUGGUCCUGUGCGGGGCGGCGAGCCUUGAGCUGUCCGCUCCUCCCGCCCGCACCUCCAAGAAGCCCAUCAUCGGAAUAUUAAUGCAAAGGUGCCAUAGUGAGAACAUGAAAAUCCUGGGAAAAUACUAUAUUGCUGCAUCCUAUGUAAAGUAUCUGGAGUCCGCAGGUGCAAGAGUUGUACCCAUAAGGCUUGAUCUUAAAGAUGAAGAGUAUGAAAAGCUUUUCAAAUCUAUUAAUGGGAUCCUUUUCCCUGGAGGAGGUGUUAACCUCAUGAAGUCAGGUUACGCCCACGUGGCCAAAAUAUUUUACAAGUUGGCCAUACAGGGUUUUGGUAAUGGAGACUAUUUUCCCACGUGGGGGACCUGCCUUGGAUUUGAAGAGCUUACGUAUCUGGUCAGUGGAGAGAGCUUAUUAACCCUCACGGAUACUGUUGGAAUUAAAAUGCCACUGAACUUCACUAGAGGUCCAUUGCAGAGCAGAAUGUUCCAGAAUUUUCCUGCUGACUUGUUGCUGUCAUUAGCAGUAGAACCUCUGACUGCAAAUUUCCACAAGUGGAGCCUCUCUGUGAAGAAUUUUACAAUGAAUGAAAAGUUAAAGGCGUUUUUCAAUAUAUUAACUACAAAUACAGAUGGCUAUAUUGAGUUUAUUUCAACAAUGGAAGGAUACCAGUAUCCAGUAUAUGGUGUCCAGUGGCAUCCAGAGAAAGCUCCUUAUGAGUGGGGAAAAUUAAAAGGCAUUUCCCAUGCGCCUGAUGCUGUGAGGGCUGCGUUUUAUUUAGCAGAGUUCUUUGUGGCUGAAGCUCGGAAAAACAAUCACCAUUUUGAAUCUGAUGUUGAAGAGGGCAAAGCACUAAUUUAUCAGUACCGUCCAGUUUAUACUGGGAACAUUUCUUCGUUUCAGCAAAGUUAUAUAUUUGAUUGAAAGCCUUCAGUGUGUUAACAGAGAAAUUUUGAUUAACUCCAUGAUUAAACUGUUGUAAUAACUUGCUACUCAUGACGAUAAUAGAAGGCCACAGAGAUUCCUUUCCUGUGAUGUUACUGGCUCUGAUUCUUCAUUCAGUAUAUUUGACUGUUUAUAUCGCAUUUGAUAAUCAGUCAGUGAGACAGAUACAUAAUCUGAGUGUUUUUCAUGGAAAAGCUUUCUUUUAUCUGAAGAUUAGAAAAAAAUAAAUUUAUUGAAAAUA